AUGUCUGCCCGGCCAGCGACUCCGGCCUCCCCUAAGAAUGUCAGGGUGAAGUCUCCGGUCCCUGGGUUGCCAAUGUUCGGAUGCGAGCACAUACAACUCCUCCUAAGCAAGAAUCAGGAGGUUAUGAACAGCUCCAUCACACAUUACAAACUGAUCCUACGCGGCAUCUUCGAUACGACACCCAUCGUCCCCCAAACUUCAACGUUAGAGGGCCGACCCGUCACGUCGCUUACCUCCAACUACCUUUGCCUGCAGUGCCCAUCGACUGUUACCGAGGACGAACGCUUGAGGCAUGGAACUAAGAAACAACAUCGCUUCUAUGUCGACUCUCGGAGUGGCUGCCUAUAUUGCCAGAUAUGCGAUGACUUCAUCUGGGACCCAACUCUGGAGGAACUCCGUGUGAGAAAGAUAGGGACUGGUUCUUUUUCUGGUCGAAAGAGAAAACACGAUGAACUAUUCAGCGGCUCUUUUAAGGAUGAUCCACGGUUUAUUUCUAACAACACUAACACCGCUUCAUGCCGAGCUAAUGGUCUACGCGGCAUCUACAACGCAGGCGCCACCUGCUACCAAAAUGUCGUUCUCCAGAGCUUCUUGCACAAUCCCUUACUUCGAAAUUUCUAUCUCAGCGAUGGUCAUCAAAGCAGCGAUUGCCAGGUCCCACAUUGUCUGAGUUGUGCCAUGGACGACAUGUUUCAAGAUUUUUAUGCAUUGGAGACCACUAACGGCUAUACCGCUGCAAAUAUCUUGUCGGGGUUCUGGAUCUCAGAGAAGAAGGCAUUCGAGAAUCUUGUUACCACCAAGGAACAAGAUGCCCACGAGUUCUUCCAAUUCCUAGCUGAAGAGCUCCAUGAGCGCAACGGAGACGGCAAAAAGCCAGAGAUUGGCAGUGAGCAUAGUUGCAACUGCAUCAUGCAUCAGACAUUCUAUGGCAAGAUGCAGACAACGACAACAUGCCAGAACUGCUCCGGUCAAAGCAACUCUAUCCAGUCAUUCCUGGAUCUGAGCUUGGGUCUCGAGAACGUUGUUCAAAAGAAGAGUAAGAAAACAGGACAGAAGAAGCCCAAUGUCACCUUGCAAGAUUGCUUGGACGAGGAAUAUAUAAAGUAUGACAAGUGCGAGUAUCGGUGCAACAACUGCAACGGAACACAGCAAGCAAAGCGACACACCAGCAUAAAACGAUUGCCAAAUGUCUUGUCCAUACAGCUUAAGCGCUUCGAGUACAGACAUGGCCGGCACGAUCGUGCCGCUUCCAAGGUCGACAACGAAGUCAAAUUUCCGCUACAACUGAACAUGAUGCCUUACACUAAUCGUGUUCGGAAUCAGGACAGCCGAGAAACCCUCGAACUAGAGCGGUCUUGCACCUAUGAUUUGCUCAGUGUGGUGGUCCAUGUGGGUGAGCUAGACACUGGUCACUAUACAUCAUACUGUCGAGUCGGCGACCAGUGGUUCAAAUUCAAUGAUCACAAAGUCGAGCUGGCAAGCUUGUCCGACGUCCUCGGGGCCCAAGCCUACCUCCUCUUCUACAUCAUUCGCUCCCUGGCUUGA